AUGAUGAAACGACCCACCAGCCCCACUGAAGUGGGAACAAGCUCCAACAGCAGUACCGGUUCCAACAGCUCUAGUAGCAGAGGACCCCUCAAGAAGAAAAUCAAAAGAGAAAUGGAUGCCACUACUACUAUUGCCCAAGCACCCAAUGACAAUCAAGACUUGAAUGGACUUCAAGACAAUCGAUAUGCACCCGGACCUUCACCUGGACCUUCACCUGGACCUUCACCUGAAGCUGCCACAUCCUCAAAACAGUAUUCAUCUGCCACCGCCAGUACAACUGAACAAGAGUCAGCCGAUGAUGCUGAUACAGGGUCCACCACGGGAGUCGGAGGCACCAGUGCGGAGGAAGACACACCCGCCGUGGCACCUCCUCCUCCUCCUCCCUCAGCUGCAGCGGCUGUCACUGCCGCCUCCUACGAGUACAUGUACCGUGGCGGGGGCAGGAUCCGAUUGCCCGAUAAGCUCAUGGAAUACCUGAACAAGCAAGUCCUGCCAGACAUUCUCUGGUGGCAUCCAGACGGUGAAGGAUUCGCCUUUGACACGAAAAAGAUACAGUCCACCUUCUUGGACAAACACUUUCGCGGGACAAAGCUGGCUUCAUUCAUUCGCAGUCUCAAUCGAUGGGGCUUUCGCAGAGUAUUCUACCAUUCUUUGCCCAAGAAUGCCCUCUCCUUCCACCACCCCUUGUUCCGCAAGGAUCAACCACAUCUUGUCAGGGACAUGAAAAUGGUAUCAUACACCAGCACCAGCGAAAGGAAGGCAGCCGCAAAGUCAAAGGAAGACGAAGCCAAGCAGCAGGAUUCACCAGCAAGCAGUCGCAGCAACAGCCCACCAAGCAUGGCGCCUGCCUCCGCUGGGGUUCAGGAACAGGUACAAGUCAGUGUACAACCGCAAGCACAAGUCAGUGUACAACCGCAAGCACAAGUACAGGCACAGGCACCGACAAGUCUACUGCCACAGGCGCAAGCAGUUCCACAACUCCAGCAGCAACAACAGCAGCAACAACAGCAAAACACGCAGCUCGCUCAAGCUCAGGCAAUCCUACAGGCGUCUGGAUUGCAAGUGUCCCUCGACGCAUUGGUUCAAACCAUCAUGACCGGGGAGCAGCCAGCACCAGCGGCUCCCUCGCCUCAACCACCCAUGGUCGAUCAGGCACAGCUCAUACAACAACUUGCGGCCAUGCAACAGCAACCGCAGCCAGCACCCGCCCCGCAAGUGCUAUCCAUUGAUCAGGCUCAACUCAUCCAGCAAAUUGCAGCCUUUCAACAGCUACAGCAGCCUGCGCCCUCCCCACAAGCGCCGUCCAUCGAUCAGACUGAGCUCAUACAGCAGAUUGCAGCAUUUCAACAGCUACAGCAGCCAGCACUCUCCCCACCAGCGCCAUCCAUGGAUCAGAAUCAGCUCAUACAGCAGAUUGCAGCAUUUCAACAGCUACAGCAGCCACAGCCAGCACCGGUGCCUCAACCGCUGUGCGUGGAUCCAUCACAGCUCAUGCAGCAGAUUGCCGCCAUUCAGCAGUCACCAUUGCAGCCGCAUGUCAAACAAGCUCUUGUCCAAGAACUGGUGGCCGCCAGCCAGCAAGUGCAGCAACAAACCCUACAUGCACCGCCCCCCGCACAGGACCAAUCACAGCUUAUCCUACAAGCUCUGCUUCCUCACUUGCAACAGCAGCAGCAAAACCAGGCAACCACAUCCACAAAUACCAAUGCAGUCUCGCUGGCCUCGACUGGCGCAGUUGCACAACAUAGCCCCUUCUUGACAGCAGUUGCGAAUGCCUUGACCCAGGCAUCCCCAGUGCAAAUGCUCCAAGUGUUGCAGCAGCAGCAAGCUCCUGCACCGGCGCCCGUUGCUGCGCAAGGACCUUUCCGUUCUUCCUCCCCCCCAAACUCCAUGCUGAGCGCGUUGCAGAACGCGGCCGCGGCCCAGCAGCAAGAUGGUCAACAAGUGCAAGCGCAACUCCAAGAGCAGCAGCGUCAAACGAUUCUCCAGUUGAUGGAAUCUCAGCAGCGUCUCGGUUCAUUGCAAAGUGGUAUGCAAGUGUUGACAGCUGCCCGGCAAUCUCAAGAAGAGACGAAUGUCAAUGGAAACCAAAUCGACGGCGAAAACAGCGGCAGACCCGGUGCGCUUGGCUGA